GAAAAGCAGACAAGCAACCAGGUAGAUGAACUUGAGACUUGGAGCUUGUCAUCUGGUUUCUCUCUUGUCCUUCCCCGCAUACUCGCAGCAUUGGCUUGAUUUGAUCCUGCUCCCACAACGCCCCUCCCCGGGCAUUCAGCUCAAGGUCAAAGCCCUUGGGGUUCGGUACUGGUCGGCUCAAACACUCCUUCCAUUCACCUAGUAACAGGUUUACCUGGGUGUCUUGUGUAACCAGCGUUCAAAAGAGCAACCGGUUUCUUUGUGUUUUCUCUUUCGUCUCUGGAAUUUUCAGCAAAACUUUGGGCUCCAUGGCUUCACCUCCAUCACCAAGGUCGACGGUCCUUGGGCCACAAAGCCGAUUGGAGCUACGACUCAAUUUCCAAGCUAAUAUUGAGCAUACCGAGCGCAAUUCUUCCUCUCGCUCCGCCCCAAUGCUCCUACCUUCUGCCCAUCAGGCUCCUCUUGCCAUUGACGCUUCUGGCGUCUUUCCUGAGAAGCAGCCUGACUUUAACAACUUCGACAUCAUCCGCCGCAACACCCUUCCACCGCGCAGCUACUUUUUUUUGUAUGACAAUGAGAAAGAUGCUUUAUCCCACGACACAUCCAAGGCCAAGUGCCAGCUUUUGUCCGGCAAAAAAUGGAAAUUCAGCUUCUCCAAGAAUCCCUUCCAGGGUGAGAUUGACUUCUACAAGGAGUCCUUUGACGUUUCCGACUGGGAUGAAGUCCAAGUCCCCGGAAUGUGGAAUCUACAAGGCUACGGGAAAGGCCCGCACUACACCAACAUGGACUACCCCUGGAACCCAAACCCGCCCCAUGUGCCUCUCGAUGACAACGAAUGUGGACGUUAUGUGACGCACUUUGAAGUCGAUGAAGACCUGGAGGGUCAUCAAAUGCGGCUGAGGUUUGAAGGUUGUGAGACUGGCCUCACUGUAUAUGUGAACGGUCACGAUGUUGGCUAUUCUCAGGGGUCAAGAAACCCUAGUGAAUUCGAUGUUUCCAAAUACAUCAAGUUUGGAAAGACCAACACGCUGGCUGUCGAGGUGUACCAGAGAACCAACGGGAUCUACCUGGAAGAUCAGGACCAUUGGUGGUUGGCUGGCAUUUUCCGCGAUGUUUACCUGCAUGCCUGGCCGAAGCCUGCUCACAUUGAGGACUUCUUUGUCCAUGGUCUGCUUGAUGCAACUUACCAAGAGGGUACUCUCAAGGUGGAUGUCCAGCUCAGUGACAAAGUCAAAGUUCAUCUAAAGCUUCUAGACGCAGAUGGCAAGGAGAUAGUCACGUCUUCCCAGACUGGUUCGUCAAACGUUGUCUUUGAACUCGACGUCAGUAACCCACACAAAUGGUCAGCUGAGGAACCAUACUUAUACAACCUCGUACUGUCCGCGAAUGAUCACUAUAUUGCCCAGAAGAUUGGGUUCAGAAGAACCGAGCUUAUUGAUGGGGUGUACUGCAUCAAUGGACAACCCAUCAAGUUCAGAGGCGUCAAUCGUCACGAACAUCAUCCGGAUUUUGGCCGCGCUGUGCCUUAUGAUUUCAUGCGUAGAGAUCUCCUCCUGAUGAAGCAACACAACAUCAACGCUAUACGCACCUCCCACUACAUCAACGACCCACGAAUGUACGAUGUCGCCGACGAGCUAGGCCUUUGGAUCCUCGACGAGGCCGAUCUUGAAUGUCACGGCUUCGGUACCUGCGGCGGUGAUGCCUCGGCAUAUGCAUCCGAUAACCCGGAUUGGGAGGAGGCGUAUGUCGAUCGGGCGCGACAGAUGGUUCAGCGGGACAAGAACCAUGUCUCGGUCGUCAUCUGGUCUUUGGGCAACGAAUCCUUUUAUGGUCGCAACCACCAAGCAAUGUACAACUACAUAAAGUCGGUGGAUAAGACGCGUCUUGUGCAUUACGAGGGCGAUGGAGAGGCCAGGUCUGCAGAUAUAUUCAGCUGCAUGUACCGACCCCAGGACCAGAUGGUUUCUUGGGGAGAGGACAAGAAUUGGUCCAAGCCACUCAUCAUGUGCGAGUAUAUCCAUGCCAUGGGCAAUGGACCUGGAGGUGCCAGCGAGUAUGUUGAGGCAUUCUACAAGUACCCGCGUCUGAUGGGUGGGUUUGUCUGGGAAUGGGCAAACCACGGCCUCCGUACCAAGACACCCGAGGGCGAGGAGUACAUGGCCUAUGGCGGUGACUUUGGUGACGAACCUAACGACUACAACUUUGUCAUGGACGGUUUAAUCUUCUCAAAUCAUACGCCGACACCGGGUCUCACUAACUAUGCCAAGAUCAUCGAACCUGUACAAUGUCUAGCGCUGCACGGUUCCAAGGUCACUAUCAUCAACCGAUAUGACAUGAUCAGUCUUGACCACCUGAAGUGUGUUUGGUCUAUCAUCGGGGAUGGCCAACUGGUUGAAGGUGGUGAGGUGAAAAUUCCAAAAGGCAUCAAACCCCAUACCGAAGGAACCAUUCAUUUAGACAACCUGCCACCACCACCUGUUGGGGAGUCGUAUUUGCAUCUAGACUUCUCGCUGCGUCAUGACACCAGCUGGGCUAAGGCUGGUCACAUUGUGGCAUUUGGGGAAUUCCGCCUUGCCCCGCCCCUGAGUCUUGCUCAUAGCCGCUACCUAGCAGUUCCGCCAGAACAUUGUCCAACAAUGGAGCAAAUUACUGCCAACGGUACCCCCAAGCUCGUAAUACGAAGCAGUUGGGGUACCGUUUGGGAGUUUGACCAGACAAUGGGGACGCUGACGUCGUGGAAACGGCUAGCCUUUCCAGACACCAACGUCCUGACAGAGCCCUUGACCUUUUCCCUGUACCGGGCCCUGACAGACAACGAUCGAGGCGGCAGCGCCGGCGGCGAUUGGAGAAACAGCCGCCUGCACCAGGUCAAGGCGCAUCCUCUAAAGGUCAGCUGGGAGCGUCGUCCAGACGGCAGCCUGGAGAUCACCGCACAUCACCGCGUCGCACCUCCCGCGCUGAACUGGGGUCUGAUGACGACCACCUCGUACCGCUUUGCGGGAGGCUCAGUCAGCAUCAGCGUCAGCGCCAAAAUCACCGGAUAUCGGAGGCCGCGAUGGUUCGCCAAGUUCGGUCUCAAGCUCGGCCUCGCCGACGUGGAAUCUGCGAAAUGGUUUGGGCGAGGACCGGGCGAGUCUUACCGCGACAAGAAGCUCUCCCAAGCGUGGGGCAACCACGAAGAGAAGGUCGACAAGCUCUUUGUCGACUACGAGUUCCCGCAAGAUGGUGGUAGCCGCUGCGAUAUACGAUGGGUAGAGUUUUGUCGCAAGGAGGGCGGCAAGAUUCUGCGUGCUCGUUUUGGGGACUUUGAAGGGGCUGGCUUCCAGGCCCUCCGGUAUUCGACCGAGGACUUGGAUGAGUGUACUCACCCAUACGAGUUGCACAAGAGGAAGAGGAAGGACACGGUUGUCAGCUUGGAUUGGGUCCACCAUGGACUGGGGACUGGGAGCUGCGGGCCGUCUACACUAGCUCAGUAUGAGCUCAAUGCGGACCAGGAUUUCAAGUUUCAUGUACUAUUGGACUAAAGCUUUUUUGAUGGGCUCUGGAGUGAUUGUAGUGCUCAUCGGAGUGUUUUCAGAAGAUAUCAGUGAUCUACGGUUAUGUCACGGCUGCUGCCCGUGUUCAGUUUUACGACAACAAAACAGAAAACAGCUUGUAUUUCUCAAGUUUUUGCAUUAUGACUUGCUAGCUUCCGUUCAGAUUUCCAGUAUCUCCAAUCUAUAUCUGUGAUUCAUUUGACA